CAAUGGUGUUGUCUCUGUAUGGACCACUAUAAGAAGGAAAGUGAUCUCCUACCAUUGUGGAUUACAUUUUCAUCUUCUGGAUGCUUCUUCUUCUUCUUGGCUCAUCAUCCACCAUCAUAGCAGCUCCACUUCCUCCAAGCUAAUUGCUAAUCAAGGAAGUCUGUAAACAUGCGGCACAAACAUCUCUUGGUGGCUGUCUACUUAUGGGCCUUAAUCUCUUCACUUCUUCCUGCUUCCUCCAAUGGGCUAGUCAGAAUUGGUCUGAAGAAGCGACCGUUGGAUUUUCAAACCAUCAAAGCUGCAAGGAUAGCAAGGGAGGGAAAGCCUCAGGAUUUGGGUAGUUCAGACGAAGAUAUCGUACCUCUGAAGAAUUACUUGGAUGCUCAGUACUAUGGGGUGAUUGGAAUCGGCUCACCUCCUCAGAACUUCACUGUCAUAUUUGACACUGGAAGCUCCAAUCUUUGGGUUCCUUCUUCAAAAUGUUACUUCUCUCUUGCGUGCUAUUUCCACACUCGGUACAAGUCAAGCAAGUCCAGCACAUAUACCGCAAUUGGGACGUCUGCUUCAAUAACAUAUGGAAGUGGAUCAAUUUCCGGUUUCUUCAGUCAAGACAAUGUUGAAGUUGGAGACCUUGUCGUCAAAAAUCAAGAGUUCAUUGAGGCCACAAAAGAAGGCAGUCUCACAUUCGUUAUAGCAAAGUUUGAUGGACUUCUUGGCCUUGGAUUCCAAGAAAUUUCUGUUGGGAAUGCUACACCACUGUGGCAAACCAUGUCAGAACAAGAUCUUUUAAGCGAUGAUGUCUUCUCGUUCUGGCUUAACCGAGACACAAAUUCAGAUGUAGGAGGUGAACUUGUUUUCGGCGGAGUGGACUCAAAUCAUUACAAAGGGAAGCAUACCUAUGUUCCAGUUACUAAAAAGGGUUACUGGCAGUUCGAAAUGGGUGAUCUUAUAAUCGGUAACCAGUCAACGGGUGAAUGUGAGGGGGGUUGUGCUGCUAUUGUGGAUUCAGGAACGUCCUUGCUCACUGGCCCAACAACUACUGUGACAGUGCUUAACCAUGCUAUCGGAGCUGAAGGAGUAGUGAGUGCAGAAUGUAAGACAGUCGUGUCUCAGUACGGAGACCUGAUAUGGGAUCUUCUGAUAUCAGGGGCACAACCUGGCCAAGUUUGUAAGCAGCUUGGUUUAUGUAUUUUCAAUGGGUCUAAGUAUGUGAGCACGGGGAUUGAAACAGUAGUUGAGAAGGAAGGCAAGGAGGGAUCAUCUGUCGGCAACGGUGCUUUGUGCACAGCUUGUGAGAUGGCUGUUGUUUGGGCUCAGAAUCAGCUGAAACAAAAAGGAACAAAAGAGAAAGUGCUUAGCUACAUUAGUGAGCUUUGCGAUAGCCUCCCAAGUCCAGCAGGAGAAUCAAUAGUCGAGUGCAGUAGCCUUUCGAGCAUGCCAAACGUUACCUUCACCAUCGGAGAUAAACCUUUCGUUCUCACUCCCGACCAGUAUGUUCUGAAAACUGGCGAAGGCGUCGCUGAAGUCUGUAUAAGCGGGUUUACAGCUUAUGAUAUCCCUCCUCCAACCGGUCCUCUGUGGAUUCUCGGAGAUGUAUUCAUGGGGGCGUACCACACUGUUUUCGACUUUGGUGACCUUCAAGUUGGAUUUGCCGAAGCUGCCUAAUGCCGUACCGUUCUGGUUCUGUGUAUCUUGUUAGCUUCAGAAACUUAUAAGUUGGAGAUUUGUAUCAGAUCAAAAUAUUGUCAUGUAAUCCGACUCUGAUGCUUUGGUAACUUAAUAAUGUACAUACGGAUUUUAUCUAAUCUCGUUUUCUAUUUUUGUAAA